AAGAAUUCACCAGACUCUCUGUUAACUCUCGAAGUUUCUCCACCUCUCUGCAUUUCUGUGUUAUCACCUUGGUUCGCUUCCACGUAUAUAUCUGUGCAUACAGCAAAACCACCGCUCGAAACAAACCUCUCCACGAUCAUCGAACUGUGCAGCCAUGGCGUCACCGCUCGCUCUCAGGAGAGCUCUUGCCUCCGCCAUCUCGAGUAACAAGCUCUCGAUCCCAGUCCGGUCGGCUACGGUGGCUCUGACACGCUCCUUCAACACCGAGACUCAGAUGACCAGAGUCGAUGACGGAAGCAAGGCCGUCGACGUCGACCAGACUCCCGACUGCUCUGUGUCUCGCCGCCGUGAUCGCUCUCUUGCUCCUUUCUCUGAUUCAGAUGCGUUUGACCCCUUCUUUCCCACGAGGAGCUUGAGCCAAGUCCUGAACCUCAUGGACCAGCUAAUGGAGGACCCGUUCCAGGCAUCCAGCGGCUUCGGUGGCGGGUCGAGGAGGGCAUGGGACGUGAAGGAGGACGACAAGGCCCUUCGGCUCCGGAUCGACAUGCCCGGGCUGAGCAAGGAGGACGUGAAGUUGGCGGUGGAGCAGAACACCCUGAUCAUCAGGGGAGAAGGUGGGGAGCCAGAGGGGGGCGGUGACGAGGAGGGUGCGCGGAGGUACUCUAGCAGGAUCGACCUGCCCCUGGACCUGUACAAGCUGGAGGAGAUAAAGGCGGAGAUGAAGAACGGAGUGCUGAAGGUAGUGGUGCCGAAAUUGCAGGAAGCAGAGAGGAAGGAUGCGAUGGAGGUUCCGGUGGAGUAAAGACAGCAAGCGCUUGUGCGCGUUUGCAUAGGUUUGAAUGUAACAGUGUAAAGGCCUGAACUUUGUACUACGGUCUAAGAAUAACGAAGACGGCGAACAAUAUUAGGCAGUGAA